CUCCGCCCCCGAUCGUCUAGUCGCCCACCCGGACCUCCGCUGCAAACGCAGCAAACAGCGGCGCCCAGGCCCUGGGGACCCCGAGUGCAGCCGGCCCGCGCGGUCCUCCCGCGACGGCGAGCUGGACGGAGGCUAAAGCCCAGCUGGGGCCCAGGCAUUGUGUCAGGUACCACCCAAGCCACAGGGAAAAACAGCCCAGGAUUUCUCCGUGUGGGGGCCAGAAUCCCCCUCAGCCAGGACUGUGACUUCCUCCACUUUCUCCGGUCCUCUACUUCCUCCUCAAGUGGAAACAACCCAUUUGCUUCCUGCUGACACAUCCAGCUGUGUACAGCGUGGAGUCACAUCUGGGCAGCAACUCAGGUCAUUUACAUCCUGGCGCUGCCAGUAGAAAUUGCAGAGGGAUCUUAACUUGGUGACAGAUACCUGCUGCUUGGCACCAUUAGGGAAAGCUACAACCAUGGCGCUGGGGCUCUUCCGGGUGUGUCUAGUGGUGGUCACCGCCAUCAUCAACCACCCGCUGCUGUUCCCGCGGGAGAACGCCACGGUCCCCGAGAACGAGGAGGAGAUCAUCCGCAAGAUGCAGGUGCUUGAGGAGAAGCUACAUCUAGAGCAGCUGCGCCUGGAGGAGGAGGUGGCGCAGCUGGCAGCCGAGAAGGAGGCCCUGGAGCGAGUGGCCGAGGAGGCCCAGCAGCAGAACGAGAGCCGCACGGCCUGGGACCUGUGGAGCACCCUCUGCAUGAUCCUCUUCCUAGUGAUCGAGGUGUGGCGGCAGGACCACCAGGAUGGGCCCUCGCCCGAGUGCCUGGCUGGGGACGAGGACGAGCUGCCUGGCCAGGAUGGCGCCCCCCUCCGAGGCAUCAUCCUGCCCAACAAGGCCACCCUGGACCACUUUCAUGAGCGCUGCAUCCGGGGGGCCACGGCGGACGCAGCCCGCACCCGGGAGUUUGUGGAAGGCUUUGUGGAUGACUUGCUGGAAGCCCUGAGGAGCCUAUGCAACCGGGACAGGGACAUGGAGGUGGAGGACUUCAUUGGCGUGGACAGCAUGUACGAGAACUGGCAGGUGGACAAGCCGCUGCUGUGCCAACUCUUUGUGCCCUUCAUACCCCCUGAGCCCUACCACUUCCACCCAGAGCUCUGGUGCUCCAGCCGCUCGGUGCCCUUAAAUCUCCAGGGCUACGGCCAGAUCAAGGUGGCCCGGGCUGACGAGGAUACGUUGGGCUGUAUCUGUGGCAAGACGAAGCUUGGGGAAGACCUGCUGUGUCUCCUCCAUGGCAAGAACAACUUGGCGCAGCCCGUCAGCGAGGUGGAAGACCCACUGUGUGCCAGAGGUUCCCCAUACCUGGACACGAUGCAGGUCAUGAGGUGGUUCCAGGUGGCCCUCACCAGAGCCUGGCACCGCAUCGCCCACAAGUAUGAGUUCGACCUGGCCUUUGGCCAGCUGGACACCCCGGGGUCCCUCAAGAUCAGGUUCCGAUCAGGGAAGUUCAUGCCCUUCAACCUGAUUCCUGUGAUCCAGUGUGAUGACUCGGACCUGUACUUUGUCUCCCACCUUCCCAGGGAGCCCUCUGGGGAGACCCCGGCAUCCAGCACUGACUGGCUCCUGUCCUUUGCUGUCUAUGAGCGGCACUUCCUCCGGAUGACAUCGAAGGCACUGCCCGAGGGUGCCUGCCACCUCACCUGCUUGCAGAUCGCCUCCUUCCUGCUCUCCAAGCAGCGCCGCCUGACCGGCCCCAGCGGGCUGGGCAACUACCACCUGAAGACGGCCCUGCUGCACCUCCUGCUGUCCCGGCGGUCCACCGACUGGAAGGCCGGGCAGCUCGACGCGCGUCUACGCGAGCUGCUCUGCUUCCUGGAGAAGAGCCUGCUCGAGAAGAAGCUCCAUCACUUCUUCAUCGGCAACCGCAAGGUGCCUGAGACCCUGGGACUCCCUGAGGCCGUGCGCAAGGCCGACCCCCUCAACCUCUUCCGGCCCUUCGUCCUGCAGCGAAGCCUCUACCGGGAGACAGUGGACUCCUUCUAUGAGAUGCUCAAGAACGCCCCGGCGCUCAUUAGCGAGUACUCCCUACACAUCCCCUCAGACCACGCUAACCUGCCCCCAAAAGCUGUCGUCUUGUAGAGCAGCCGGAACCUCGAGGACCAAGAUGCAGGGCAUCCCACUUGUCCACACUCCCAGGGGCACCUGCAGGCCCCGUCCUGGGGAAAUGGCGGGCUUUGUUGGGAGCCGUGGCUCAGCCUGACAGAGGCCCUGUGCUGCGGAAGAAAUAGAAUUCCAAGCUGGAAGCCAGUUUGCUUUCAUGCCACCGGGGCUGCUGGUGAAGCUGGUGUCUGGGUUUGGGGACUGAGCCUUCGCAGCUUACUUUUGGGUCAUCGCGAGUGGCCAAGAUGAUGACGGAACACUCUAUGGACAUGGAGUUAGAGAUAAUGCAGCAUCACUUCGGGUGUAAUGCUUUUUCCAUCCCAGGUCCAGCCUUCUCUUAAGUAUCAACAGGGGAUGGAAGGAAUGCUGACGGCGUUUGUGUUAAGACCGUGCACCCCUAUUUCCAGGAACCCUUGGCCCCAGGCAUCUAGUAGGGACAGCUAUGGGAAUUCACCACCUUCCAUUCACGGCCUGCACGGCCUGUGGCUGCCAUUUUUUAUAUUAUUUGGUGGACAGACCAAGUAGAGAUUCAAGGCCCUGAGUGGCUAAUGUCUCUGUUGCACAUAAGUGGGUACUUAGGGGCAGAAAGAAGUUCAGUUUGCUACUUUUCAGCUACAUGUCUUAUCCAGGGUACACACCCUUCUCCCUGCCCCUUUCCCCAGCAUGCUGUGACCCAAGCACCAUGGGCACUGCAUUCCAUGCUAGGUACCAGUUCAGUGAUCCCUCGCCCCUCUUUAAUCUCCCCACAGCUGGUGGAAGAGGGCAGGCGCUAACGGUAGAGGUGAUAGAGGGGCACAGGAUGACGGGUGAAGGCCAGCCUAGCACCUGGGGUGCUGGGAUCUGGCUUGCGGUCUGACCUCUGAUGCCCAGUACAGGGGAAAUUGCAGAGCUGAGAGGUGAGGAUACCGUAGCCCUGAGUCCUUCUGAGGGCAGGAGCUACUGUGGAAACCCAGCUCCCAGGCCCAAGACCCCCCUCAAUAUCCUUUCUGGGUGGCCCUCGCUGGCUGCACAGAUGACCGACACCCUAAGAAUCCAACAGGGGCUCGGCUGACUGGAAACACACAGACAGCAUUGCGGGCACAGCCCCAGGCCUCAGAGAGGCCACCUCGGCACUGCUGGGGGCUGCGGUCAUUGGCGGGCCCCAGAGCCUGCGGUUGGAGCUGGCCUCUGUCUGCAGGCCUGGUUCAGGAGGGUUGGGAAGCCAUUCCUCCUCCACUGGUGGCUUUACUGGUCCUUUGGGAUUUCCUCUCUUGGCGUCGCCUCAUUAACCCUUGCAGGGAGCCAAGGAGGAGGCAAGAAUGUGUGUGCCUUCACCAGCACCUAGUUCUCCCUCCAGGGUGAAAGCUGGCUGUGCCUCCCAGACAGCACACCCAGUUCCACAGGGCGUCAGGCUCACCACGAGCUGAAGAAAGGAUAUUGUCCCUACCCCAGGAGCGCUCUCACCUGGCCUCAGAGUGCUCAUGAUGGCCAGUUUCCUUGACAGGGUUAAGUGAGGCGGGGGAGGCUCAGCCACAGUGGAGCAUUGAAGUCUGGGAAGCCUUCCAUGUGAGCUGGAGUUAGGCAGAGCCGUGCUUGCAUCUGCCCUCCCCAGGCCCACCAUGGUUGGGACCAAACCUACCCACGUGGUCUCCAACAAUAGCCCACACCCCUCAUUCUCCUGGGAUUCAUUUCCAGAAUCAGGGUGAAUUUCCUUAUUUAUUAUACCCUGUGCCUCCCCCCGCCCCCUUCAUCUUUAUCUUGUUGUGCUUGGAAGAGACCCCACCAACCAAGAACCAGCCCCCAGAGGCCAAGACCAAGCCAGAUACUCCCUCGGCUUCCCCUUUGCUUCCAAGAGAAAAUUCACUGAAAAGAAAAAAAAAUACCUUGUUUAUACAAAGAAGACAGAACUCAGCGGGGAAAUGGGGCUCUUUUAUCCACCAAAGCAGCUUCUGAAGCAGAAAGCAGCAAAGCUCUUGGUGUUUCUUGCUGCCUUAUUUAUAUUAAUGGAAGAAUUAAAUUCUUGCAAGGAGUAGAAACUGGUCACAGUGUUUGUUUUUUACUUCUUCUGGAAAUCUGUGAGGUUCCCAGGGCAGAGUUGGAAAAGGGGGUGAAUUUGGUGGGUUUCCUAUUGACGGGCAGAAGCUUUCACUCUUUUUUUAAUUCUUAUGCUUUCAAGAAACUUUUAAAAAAUAACAAGUAGACCAGCAUCCACCUAUGAACCAGAAGGUCACAGUUCGAUUCCUGGUCAGGGCCCCAUUGCAAGCUCAAUCCCCAGGAGUACAGGAGGCAGCUGAUUAAUGAUUCUUAUCAUUGAUGUUUCUAUCUCUCUAUCCCUCUCCCUUCCUUUCUGAAAUCAAUAAAAAUAUAUAAAGAACAAAAUAGCA